UAAUAAACAAUCUAUAAUUUAUACAAUAUAACCCAAGUAUACAUCAUAUUAUUCAAAUGUUCAGCAAUCAUUUAGAUCACCAUAGUGAUUAUUAUAAGUUUAACAAUGAUCAGAAUAAUAAUGAUCCGAAUAAGAAGAUCAUAAAUGAUAAUUAUGAAGUAAAUAUUUUUCAAAAUUAUACAAAACAAUAUUAUUAUAUACAACAAUUUAUACCAUCACCUUUAUUAUUAUUUACCUGGACAAAAUUAAUGAGAACAGAAUUGUUUCGACAAACUUUACAAAAUGUAAUUUUAUCAAAUUAUGAUAAUUACGUAAUGACUAGAUUACAAUCUACUAAUAGUCCGGUUAAUAACAAUAAUAAUAGUAAUGGUAAUGGUAAUAAUAGUAACGGUAAUCAUACAAAUCCAGAUCUAAUCGAUUUAACUCAUAGAAAUGCCUUAAUCAAAAAAUAUUUGAAUAAAUUAAAUAGCUUAUUAUUUGAAUAUUUAUCAUCUAACAAAGAUUGGGCAUCGUCAUCAUUAUUAUCAUUAUCAUCGUCGUCGUCAUCAUCAUUAUCAUCACCAUCGUUGUUAUCAUCAACAAAUAUAAUUGAACCGUAUCAUCAGUUUAAUGUAUAUAAUAAUUAUGAAUCAAGAAAUUGCUUAUAUCAUUGGUUAAAUCAAUCAAUCAAUUGUAAUAAUUUAUAUGAUGAUAACAAUUUGAUCAAGAAUAUAAACCAUGAAAGUAAUCAUUUAUUUAAAUUAGAUGAUAAUCUACCUCCUGAAGAAGCAACAGUACAAUUCAAUGAUGAAAAUAAUAGUAAUAAUGAUAAUAUUAAUAGAGAUUUUCAUGUUGAUAAUAAGUAUCAUUUAGAUUCAUAUAUGACUUCAUUUAAUAUACCAGAAAUAUAUCAUUCUAAAUGUAACCCUUUAUGGUCAGAUAUAUGUUGUACAGAGAAUUAUCAUCCUGAAUUAUAUCAGAAUUGUUCAAUUUGGAAACAAACAUCAUCAUCAUCAUCAUCAUCUCCAUCACCAUCAUUAUCAGCGGCAGCAACAACACCACCAUUACCACCACCACCAAUCACUGAUUGUUCUUUGAAUACUAAACAUACAAUUAUGAAUUCAUCAUUUAUAUCAUUGAAUAAAUCUAAUUUCAAUGAAAUUAUUGAUCAGACAAAAUUAUAUAGAUCACAAUUACAAUCUACUACUACCACAACUACUAAUACAAUUCCAUCUAUUUCAUAUUCUCCACCAUUAAAUUUUAAUGAAUUUAUUUCAGAUCAAAAUAUGUUUUGUCCAUUAUGUCAUAAAUGUUUUCGAUUUGAAAAAAAUUUGUUAAGACAUUUACAAAAAACCCAUGCAACUAGUACAGGUGAAUCAUUAUUAAAAUGUAAAUUAUGUAAUUAUACAACAAGACAUUAUAGUAAUAUGUAUGUACAUAUUAGAACACAUACAGGUGAUAAACCUUAUUCAUGUUCUGCUUGUGGUGUAACAUUCACUCAAGGAUCAUCAUUAAAAUUACAUAUACGAUCACGUCAUAAUGAUAAUAUUAAAUAUUUUUCAUUAAUACGUAAACCGGGUAAAAAUAAUUUAACAAAAUUAUGGACAAGAAUAUUAAAAAAAGAUUUACCAAAAUUUAAUACAAUCAAAUCAUCAUCAUCAUCUCUAUCUUCAUCCUCUUAUUAUUAUUAUCAUUAUUAUUAUUAUAAUUAUUGGAAUAAAUGGAAAAAUAUCAAAUUAAAUAAUCAAAUUAAAAAUCAAUAUAAAAAUCAAUUAAAUUCGAAUUCAAAUUUUAUUGAUUCAAUAUUCAAUAAUAAUAAUAAUAAUAAUAAUAAUUCAUUAUUAAUUAAUGAUAAAAAUAUUAAAAAAAUCAUUCAAUCAAAUAAUUGGAAAUCAAUAAAUUCCAAUUUAAAAAUGAAUAUGAAUAAAAAAUUUAAUCGUAAAAAAUAUAUGAAUUAUAUACAAUCAAUAAAUAAUAAUGAUUUAAAAUUUAAUGAUCAAAUUAUUCAUCCUAAUCAUGAUCCUGAUCAAUAUGAUAUUGAUCAAAUCAAAUUAAAUGAACAAUUAAUAAAACAAGAAAAUAUAUAA